GAGUCAGUUUCAUUUCAAACUUCAAGGAAGAAAGAUAUAAACCACAAGAUGAAGUGUGUUCUUCCGACAGAGAUUUCUACAAAGAAAUUGAUUUUCUUCACAUCCGCCUUUCUCCAGGCUCUCUUUGGAUGCUUUACGUUGUUUUUCAAAAAUGACAUUUUCCAGGGUCUUCUGAACUCGCAACUGGUUGUGAAAGAGGGAACAGAAUCCUUCAAGGCAUGGCGUGAGACACCUAUGCCAGUUUAUACAAAGUUCUAUUUCUAUUCUAUCACCAACCCGAAGGAAUUCCAGCUCAACCACGCGAAACCAAUCCUGGAGGAGAAGGGCCCUUAUGUGUUUAGGGAAAAGGAGGAGAAAGUUGAUAUCGUCUGGAACACCAACAGCACCGUCUCAUAUCGUCGCCGGAAGUUGUAUUGGUUCGAACCGGAAAUGUCUGUUGGACCACUGACCGACACAGUGAUGACUUUGAACCUGCCCCUAGUAGCAUCAGCAGACUCCGCUAGAAAUAAUUUCUUCAUGCAAUGGGGUCUCUCCGACAUCUUUCAAACAAUGGAGGCAAAGCUUUUCAAUAAUAAAACCAUCGGAGAGCUGAUGUUUGAGGGAUAUCAAGACGAACUUAUUUCUAUCGGAGAUGCUUUUACCGAAGAAGAAGACAAAGCUGUUCCCAUGGACAAAUUCGGAUAUUUUUACAAGAGAAACGGAACGACCUUUGCUGACGGAGAUCUGAGUAUGCAUACAGGAGAAGAUGAUAUCUCUCUUCUUGGUAAGAUCUCUACCUGGAAUCAUCAAACCCGGACUAGCGCCUACUCUGGAGAAUGUGGACAGGUUCGAGGUUCCUCGGAUGGAUUAUUUGCUCCGGGUACCCUGGCCAUGAAGGAUAGGUUCGAGCUCUGGUCCACUGAUAUCUGCAGACCUCUGAGCUUCCAGCGGGACGGAGUUGAGAGUGUUCACGGAAUCACAGUUGAUAAAUUCAGACUUUCUCAAGACGUGUUUGCAAACAAAACCCUCUGUGCUGACAAUUCAUGUUAUAACAAUAAUCUCCCCUCCGGAGUUCAGAAUACCACACAGUGUAAGAUGAAAUCUCCAUCUUUUGUGUCUCGUCCUCAUUUCCUUGGAGCUGACCCGUUCUACCAGGAUCAGUUUCAGUACGGGAUACAUCCGGACCCAGAGAGACACGAGAGCACAAUUCUCAUCGAACCCAAAUCAUCAAUUCCUUUAAAGGUGUCCAUGAAACUUCAGAUCAAUAUCUUGCUGGAGAAAAGUGAAGGGAUCAACUAUAUAUUCAAAGAUCUCCCCCGGGUUUUCUAUCCCGUAUUUUGGUUCGAAUCUGAAGCAAGUCUUGAGGAAAGUCAAUCUGAUCAGAUCGCUCUUCUUGUCAACCUUCCGAUAAUUCUCCAGACUUGUGGGAUCAUUGGUAUCAUCCUCGGACUCAUGGGAAUCCUAAUCAUGAUGAUCUGCUCCUUGAGAAACAAGCAGAGCAAACCCGAUCUUGUAAACUGUGAGUACGGUAAAGUGUCUCUAAAGGAGCAGGAGGCCUUGGCAGGAUUAGUUAGCACUCCUAUUAUCAAAUCCUCUUUGCUCUGUACGUCGCACUAGACGAUCUGAAAAGAACUUUCCAACUCGACAAAACCAAAGAAUUUAUAGUGACAUUAUUCAUAUCAGUUAAACCCUCAACCCUGAAGAGCUGUGAUGUAUGAUGACGGAAGGUGGUUUUGACACGUUAUUUUAAAAAAAUGCUUAGAUGAUAAAUGAAAAUACAUUCUGAAUAAAUAUGUA